AUGGGCGGAGAAGAAGAUGACGACUACAGCCAGCCUCCUGUGGUUGAUGAACUAGGAAUGUCUGCGACGCUACGUUCGGAUCCUCCUGGCAGCAAUGCUCGCAUGCGGGCCAAUCGCGCUACCACUACCAAUAAUACUAGUGCUGCUAAUACUGGUACUUCAGGUGCUAGUACCCAGCCAACCACACAAUCUCAUAACAAUCAAAGUCGUCCAGAUCCACCUGCAUCUCCCCGCAAGCUCUUCAAAGCUCCACAAUUUAAUAAUAAAAAGAAACAUCCGAUUAGUCCCAAGAAGAAAAGGAGAGGAAGAGCCAUGGCCUUUCUCGUUUGUCUCACGGUGGUAUCUGCCGUCAUGUUGGGGUGUGUCCUGGGAGAGUACGAAAAGACCGUAGAAGCAGUCCUCAAAGUGGCCAAACUCAAUUCCACUUCCUUCAAUACGAUUAGUUUCAAUGCGACUGCGACCAGUACCAUGAUUCGCAAACAAUUGCGUCUGUUUGAUUCCAAUAAGCUCAAGAACGUCAUAGGAUUGGGUACAGCAACCACUACCACUACCAAAACUACAGCAACUACAACACCUGAAACUACUAUUAGCAGCAAUAGCAAGGACUCGGGAAAUAUCAAUGAUCAUACUACAGAUACCACCACCACCACUGUGACUGUCACGGAGAAGAAGAAAACUCCAAGUCCUACCCAAACUCCAACCACCAAGAAUCCGACGUCUAGUCCCACCACGAGUCCGGACAAAACUACUACAACUACAACUACAACUAGCCCUCCAGAGGUUGUUGUUGUUACGAAAGAGGAAGAAACAAACAAGGAAACACCCGCAGAUGCAGAUCAGGAUAAACCAACGGAAGCGAUUGCCGAAACUGAUACCGUGGACACAACAACGGAUGCACUGGAAACAACGGAUGCAGCUCCCACGGAAGCAGACAAGGAGGUCGAUGAACCAACUGAAACGAGCAAGAUUGGAGACACGAAAGAUGCGGAGACUGAGACAACGGAUGCCACUCCCACCGAUGUGGAGGACAAUGGCAAAGCAACAGCCGACAAAGAGGAUACCACCACUGCUACGGAUGCCACUCCCACGGACAAGAAAGACGAUGAACAAACUCCCGACAAGGAUGAUACCACAGCAACAACUACUGAGGCAGCUCCCACCGACAGCGAAACGACAGACAAGGAUGAUACCGCAGCUGCGACGGAUGCAUCUCCCACUGACAGCGAAACGACAAACAAGGAGGAUACCACAACAACUACGGAAGCAUAUCCCACUACUGACGAGAAAAAGGACGAAAAACCAACAGGCAAGGAUGAUGCGACAACAACAACUACUGACGCAACUCCCACCGACAAAAAAGAUGAGGGAAAAACAGCAGACAAGGCUGAUGCAACAGAAGCAACAGAUCCCACCCCGACCAAAGAUAACACUGUAGUUGUUGUGGAAAACGACACGGCCACGCCAGGAUCCAUCUCUCUGGUCACCAGUUUUUGGGCACAACCUCCAAAACAAAAGGGAAAUAAUUUGCAUCGACUCGAAAUACAAGCGGCCAUGGUCAACAACCGGAACAACCAAUACUUGGAUCAAAUUGUCGUCAUUUUGGAUGGGGCUACCAAAGAUGCCAAUUGCACACAUUUACAGACCCAAUUGGACGAGUUGGAAGCCGACGUCGUGGCCAAAAUGCCAGGGUAUGUCAAGACAGCCUACGAAACCAACAAAAAAGAGAAAUUGCCCGUCUUUACGUGCAUCGACCGGGAAGAGAAACAACCCAAUUAUUAUGAGAUUUUCAAAUAUGCCACCGACCCCAAAAUUGUCACCAGCGAUGUGGUCAUUGUGGCCAAUGCCGAUCAAGCCUUUGAUGACACUGUCCAAUGGGCCGGCAAAAUCAAAGAUGACGCAGUCCUGGUACUGCCAACCUGGGGAUUUGACAAGAAACAGGUGCCACAACUCACCAAGGAAUACUUUAAGUUCGUCCAUGGUGGAAAGGAUGCCAAAAUGUUCCAGGAAGGAGCUGUCUCUAGAUGCAGCGAAGGAGAAAAAUCGUGGGAUGGAUACGUCUUUCAUCGCAAACUCAUUGCCGGGCACUUGGAAUCCGACAACUUUAUGCGGUAUACAGUCGUGGACGACCCGAAACAAGACUAUUUUGUCAUGAAUGAAGUGGGAGCGGAAAAUGCCGCUCUGUAUGCGCUGCUGCAAAAUGUCCCGGAUGCCAAGGAUGCCGUUGGCUGCUCGGUCAUUCAAAUGUGGCACUUUCACGGGGGACUCGCCAACAUGCAUGUCCACGAAAAGGCCGACUAUUGGCAUUUCAAGGGCAAGGGCAAGAACAAGUUGCGGGCCGUCCCACGACCAUGGCGUACGGCGGGUCAUCCCAUUGCAGAUGCCUUUGUCGUCAAGAACGUGCCGCAAACGAAAAUGUCGGGUGCAACCAAAAAGGAGGAAGGUGACAUUUCCACGAUUUCGGAUACUGUGGAAGGUGAGGACGCUGACAAAUCGGCAGCGGUCCGUAGGACCAACGAAAGCGCGGCCAAGACCAGUACGAAGGCUGCAGAAGGAACCGUCUCAUUGGUGUCAAGUUUCUUUGCCAGUGGCCUUCUCGCCAAAGAACAGCCACAUCCGCAUCUAGCUGAGACUAUGAUGGCCUUCUUGAACAACAUCAACAAUCCACAUUUCAACCAAGUUGUUGUCAUCUUGGACGGGUCUUCAUCGAAAGCCAACUGUGCUACUUUUGAGCGCAAGCUGCAAGACCUACAAGCUCAGUUCCAAAAGUGGAACAACAGCGGUACCGACAAUGGUCCAGAAAUAGUUUCUUCCAAGCUGACUUGCGUCGAUCGUGAACAAGGACAGCCAAAUUACUUUGAGAUGUUCUCCUAUGCCAGUGAUCCAGAAAUCAUCACCAGUGACGUUGUCCUCAUGGCCAAUGCUGAUCAAGCUUACGAUGAAUCUGUCAAAUGGGCGGGCAAAAUCAAGGACGAAGCUAUUGGGACUUUGCCAAGCUGGGGAUAUGACAAAGCAACAGCUCCCAAGUCGAUUACCAACUACUUUGAAUUCUCGCAUUUGCCCAACGUCAGCAAAGUCGACAACGUCAAGAGGGCAUUCGAGCGAAGCCCAAUGCCCAACAAGUGCAAGAGCGUUUCAUCGUCGUGGGAUGGGUACGUCUUUCAUCCCGCGCUGAUUCGAGGUAGAAUCAAGGAAGAGGAUUUUGUGCGACCCAGCUUUCUCUUCGAUCUAAACGAAAAGGGUAAGAGAGUGAACAUUACCAACUCGACUGCAAUGUUCAAAAUGAACGAGCAGGGUGCCGAGAAUGCUGGGUUUGCCUCGUUGAUAAUGAACAUUCCAGAAGCCUUCCAUGCUCAAACUUGCGAAGUAAUCAGGGGUUGGCAUUUCCAUGCUGCCGAGAAGAUGCACGCCGAUAACAAGGUCGAUCAAAGUAUUGAUGGGAAGACACAACGAAAGUUUCUUUGGUACCACGAGGACCCAAAGAUUAGGAAAACUGUUGUCCCAGAACCCGCGAGACGAGCCUCCAAAUGGUUUAAGGGUCUCUACCCUGUCGAACCAGAAAUCCUGGUCUAG